ACCACCACUUCAACCAUUCCCAGCAGCAAACACUUUUGUCAGUCAUGUUAAUCUACGCUUGCACCAUUGCAGCAUUGCUAUGCUUCCUCCUACACAUCAUUCACAGGAGACAACGUUGCAGAUACCCGCUCUUGAUAGACUAUCCAAUACUCGGCAUGUUCCCACCAAUCCUGUUGAACUUAACGUGGAUCCACGAUUUCGUAACUGAGCUCCUCAAACAACAUGAGGGCAAAACAGCAGAUUUUAUGGGACCCUGGUUCACCAAAAUGGACUUCAUCGUCACCAGCAACCCCAUCAACGUCCGCCACAUCACCAUCAAGAAAUUCCACAACUAUGUCAAGGGCCCUGAGUUUCGCGAGAUUUUCCACGCUUUUGGAGGCGCUAUGGUAGCUAAUGAUUCAGAGACCUGGAAGCACGCCAGGUCUCUACUCAGUCCUUUGGUUAAGCAAACGAGCUUCGAGUCGUUUUACCAGAAAACGACUCGGAAGAAGUUGCAUAGUGCACUGCUUCCCCUGUUGGAUCAGGUUCAGAAACAGGGCAUGGUGGUGGAUUUGCAAGAGGUUUUCAACCGAUUCACGUUCGACAACAUAUGUUCCACCAUUCUAGGGUUUGAUCCUGGUUCCCUUUCCAUUGAUUUCCCCAAAAUCGCAACCGAGAUUGCUUUCAAUGAAGCGGAGGAGUGCAUGUUCUACAGACAUAUUGUUCCAAGAUGUGUCUGGAAGUUACAAGAAUGGCUUCAAAUUGGUCCAGAAAAGAAGAUGAGUGAAGCAUGCAAAACAUUUGAUCAGUUCCUAUACUCAUGUAUAGAGUCUAAGCGAAAGGAGCUGAAGGAAAAUGACCCAUUACUUGAUGAUCAAGCUCAUGUUGACAAUGACAUGCCAUUGCUAACAACAUUGAUUAGAGAAGAGAAAGGGAAGAAAGAAUAUGAUAACAAGUUUAUAAGGGACUCUGUAUAUGGCUUCCUUGAAGGAGGGAGAAGCACCAUUGCUUCAGCUCUCACCUGGUUCUUCUGGCUUGUUGCUAAAAAUCCAUUAGUGGAAGCCAAGAUUCUUGAAGAAAUCAAAGAUAAUUUUGGGGAUGAGAAAAAGCUAGUUUAUCUCCAUGCUGAUAUGUAUGAAACUAUGAGGCUUUACCCUCCUGUACCUUUUGAGAGGAAACAAGCAAUUGAAGCUGAUGUGCUUCCAAGUGGGCAUCAUGUUCAUGCCAAUGCAAUGAUACUGUUUUCUCUGUAUGCAAUGGGGAGGUUUGAAGAUGUGUGGGGAGAAGAUUGCUUGGAGUUCAAGCCUGAGAGGUGGAUUUCUGAUAGAGGAGGCAUUGUUUAUGUGCCAUCUUACAAAUUCUUUAGUUUUAAUGCAGGACCAAGGACUUGUUUGGGAAAGGACAUGUCCUUAGUUCAAUUAAAGAUGGUGGCAGCAACUAUUUUGAGAAACUAUAGGAUCCAUCCGGUGGAAGUUCAUGUUCCUAUCCCGAGCUACUCAAUUAUACUCCUUAUGAAGGAUGGCUUUAAGGUUAGGGUAACAAAAAGAGAACCUUGAGGGGUGAUUUUCAAUUUGACAUAUGUGGAAAUGUUAUGUUGUGUUCGUAUUAUUUAAUGUUGUGUUCAAUUUUCAGUUGAAUUUAGUGUUAAUGUUGGUUGAAGUUAAACGUGUUAAUAUCUUGUUUCUUUA